GCCAUAACCAGGCGGGAAUAGCGACGCAAGCGCCGCGUCAUUCUAUUGGUAAUUUUGUUUCGUAUCGUUCGUAAACUUCACAUGUUUAUUCUAUUAUGGAUCCGACGAUGAAAUAAAAGUUCUCGAUCGUCGGCGUUCAACGCGCGUAAUUUCCACGAGAGCCAAUACUCGCGUUUGGAACCCGAGGGUUCGCGUAAUCUUACAAUGGCACGCAGCCGUAAAGAUAGCACGGGUAAAAGCGACUCUGAAGCUACGGACAAAGAGAACAAGAGGGAAAGAGGCAGAGAAAGAGAAAGAAAGAAACGCGCUGCUUCCUCGUCCAGUAGUGGCAGUAGUUCCUCGGAUAGCAGCUCCGGAUCAUCGUCGACGAGUAGCGGAAGCAGUUCGAGAUCGAGCUCCACGUCCAGCAGCUCCUCCAGCAGCUCUGGAAGUUCAUCAGCGAGCUCCAGAGACCGAGGAAGGAAACGCAGUCGAAGCAAAAGCGUCGACGCCUCGCGCAGACACGACAAUAAAGAGAAGGAAAGGGAGAAAGAAAGAGAACGUGAGAGGGACAGGGACAGAGACAGAGACAGGGAGAAAGACAAAAAGAAAAGUAGCAAUUCUGUGAUCGACAAACCAAAACCUAAAGGACGAUCUAGAUCGCCGUCGCCGCGUAGGAAACGCAGAGAAAGGUCACCUAUUCCCAGACCAACGAAAAUACAUAUUGGACAUCUGACUCGCAAUGUCACUAAAGAACAUAUUAUGGAAAUCUUUUCCACGUAUGGUCAGAUCAAGAUGGUCGAUUUUACUAUGGACAAGCUGCAUCCUAAUCAAGGACGAGGAUUCGCGUACGUAGAGUUUGAAACAGCGGACGAAGCGGAGAAUGCAAUGAAACACAUGGAUGGUGGACAAAUAGACGGUCAGGAAAUCACUGCUGCCCCAGUAUUAUUACCAAAGCCACGACCGUUACCUAUGCGUCGAAUGUCACCUCUGAUGGGAAGAAGAGCGCCACCGAGGUGGAGCGGCGGUGGUCGGAACACACCUCCGCGUUAUCGUAGACGCUCGCCGCCGAUCAACCGCCGUAGGAGCCCGCGUCCGCCCAGACGCAGACCGAGGACACGAUCGCGAAGUCCACCGAACAAUCCACGUCACCGACAUCGUCGCUAUACGAGAUCAAGCUCGAGCAGCUCCCGAUAGCAAUCUCUGUAUAUACAAACCAAGAACUGAACUUGACCAAAACGCCAGUUCGUCCUGGUCGGUCGUUUUAAUAUAUUAAGCAAAAACAAUUUUUACCGAACUCAUUUGGAACAUGACUGGGAAGUGUAAGCACUCGAAACAAUUUAUAGACAUGUCCGCGACGGUGUUCGCGGCUAUUCACGUUUCACGACGACGAGGCACCGUUCCGCGAUCUACGCAAGUACCGCUUCUUUCAAAUAUAUCAAUUUCACACGUGUCAAAAUAUAUUGCAGUUAAUUGGUACCUGAAGGCCGCUGACCCCGGGCAAUAAA